AUGCCGACACAAAGAAAAUUGUCGCGUAACUCGUCCGCGACAGUAAACCAGGAGGAAGCCAUCACAUCUCAGAGUGUGCCGUUUAGUCAAGGACAAGCCAAUGUCGAUCUUCGUAAAGCAAUCUGCCAUACAGAGGCUCGUGAAUAUACCCGUUUAAUAAACAUUGUCGAUCUGAUCAGCACUUCGAUAAACAGCACUUCUCAGAAUGCGCAGAAAACCUCGUCAGAUCUCGACGCCCUUGUACAGACAAUGGAUGCGAUCAAGGAUCAGCUAAGCUUUUGUUUAGACCACGAUUUUCUGCCGCACAUCAAGCAAUGA